GGGGACUGGUAGGGGUGAAAAUGACGGAAUCACACGGCAGUCGGUGGAAGCCCAAUUCUGGAAACAAACUCAGAUUUUCGUCACAUUUCAUUUUCUUCACGCGAAAAACCCAAACAGCUAAAACCCAGAAGUAAUCUGCAUGAUUUCGUCACAAUUUCUUGAUCAUAAUCCGCGCCUUUCCAGGGUUUUACCCAUUUCUUCCGCCCCAUCAGCAACGCGUGAGUUUCUCUGAAUCCUUCUGGCGUUGUUGUAGGUAUUUUAGUUCCCUCGCCGCCAUUUCUUCAGCAUUACGACAAGGUGCCAGGCUGUGUAGCAUAUUAUUAUCUCCUUAGUGUGUUUACUUUUGCGUUCUUGUUUUUGCGCCGACUUUUCGGUUGGGUAGUUCACCGAAGUUUCCCCUGCUACGGAGUUUUCCAAGCCUUUUUCUUCUUGGGAUAAAUGGUUGUGAUAUCCAGGAAUUGAGCUAAAACCAAUGUUCUAAAAACUCAUACUACUAGGGUUUCUUGAUUUUCAGCAAUAAAGUUGUUGUCUUGCGACGAUAAUUCGUCUAUUCCAUUGCUGACACCUUUGAUUUUUCCAGAUUUCUUCUUGGUAAUCUCAAAUUAUACAAAAAAAUUGGAUCUUAGCCACACCUUUUACUGCUUUGCAUUCAGAUUUGUAGAUUUGAAGAUAACCAGAGUAGGAAAGGAAGAUUUUUUGUAGUGCAUGAAUAGUGGAUUAAGCUGUUUUAGUAUUGUGAUUUGCACUUAGGAAGAUGGUUGGAGCUACUGAGGGAGAAAGCAAUCGUGUGUACUUGAAUGGGUCUGUUUCUAUUGAAGAAAAGGUGGAUGAGCUUCGGGUUUUAUUUGGGAAAGCAGAUGGUGAUCCCUUGAGAAUUGUAGGUGUAGGGGCAGGGGCGUGGGGUAGUGUUUUUAUAGCAAUGCUGCAAGAUGCAUAUGGCGGGCUUAGAGAGAAGGUUCAAAUUAGGAUAUGGCGUAGAGCUGGAAGAGCCGUUGAUAGAGCUACAGCUGAGCAUCUAUUCGAGGUGAUCAAUUCAAGGGAAAGUGUAUUAAGGAGGCUAAUAAGACGGUGUGCAUACUUGAAGUAUGUAGAGGCGAGAUUAGGUGAUAGAACGUUAAAUGCAGAUGAGAUUUUGAAGGAUGGAUUUUGCAUGAAUAUGAUUGACACACCACUUUGCCCUUUAAAGGUUGUCACCAACUUGCAGGAGGCCGUGUGGGAUGCUGAUAUUGUCAUCAAUGGGUUGCCAUCGACCGAAACUCAAGUAGUGUUUCAAGAAAUUAGUCGGUAUUGGAAGGAAAGAAUCACUAUUCCUGUCAUUAUAUCUUUAGCAAAGGGGAUAGAAGCUGAAUUAGAGCCUGAACCUCGGCUAGUUACCCCCACUCAGAUGAUCAAUCGAGCAACUGGAGUUCCUCUAGAGAACAUCCUGUAUCUUGGGGGACCUAAUAUUGCAUCUGAAAUUUACAACAGAGAAUAUGCUAAUGCUCGUAUAUGUGGAGCUGAGAAAUGGAGAAAAGCAAUGGCAAAAUUUUUGAGGCAGCCACACUUUAUUGUGUGGGACAAUGGUGACCUAGUGACGCAUGAGGUUAUGGGUGGUUUGAAGAAUGUGUAUGCCAUUGGAGCUGGUAUGGUAGCAGCUCUCACGAAUGAGAGUGCCACAAGCAAGUCAGUAUACUUCGCACAUUGUACAUCUGAGAUGAUAUUUAUUACUCAUCUUUUGACGGAAGAACCGGAGAAACUUGCGGGUCCUCUCUUGGCUGACACAUAUGUGACCCUUCUGAAAGGUCGUAAUGCAUGGUAUGGCCAAAAGUUGGCUAAAGGAGAAUUAAGUCUCGAAAUGGGCGAUAGCAUCAAGGGGAAAGGGAUGAUACAGGGAGUUUCGGCAGUGAAAGCCUUCUACGAGUUGCUCAGUCAAUCAAGUUUAAACAUUUAUGAUUCGGGUGAAAACAAGAACGUUGUAGCAGUCGAACUUUGCCCCAUCUUAAAGACGUUAUAUAAAAUUCUAAUAGUGAGAGAGGCAUCAACCGAGGCUAUUCUUCAGGCGCUGAGAGACGAAACUAUGAACGACCCCCGGGAUCGGAUUGAGAUUGCACAAAGCCAUGCCUUCUACAGACCUGCAUUACUUGGGAAGUAGUGUAGUGUUGUUAAAUUUGCAGUUUGUUUUUACAGUCCUGAAAAUAGUUGUGUAUUCAGUAGAUUUUGUUUGAAGUUAUGUAGACUAGUUUCAGGGUGAUGGGAAGAGGUGAGUGUUUUGUUAGUUCCAUUCAUGUUCUUUGUUUUUUGAAUUAAUAAAGUUGAGUUAUGGGAUCCCAUUACUAAUUUUGUGAUAAAUAUUUAUAGUGCUUAUGAAUUUAAAGUUUUCUUGUGGGUUUA